UCGCUAGUGCCUAUAACAACUCUGUGCAUUUAGCUACAGCAAGAACACGCACUGAACUGCAUUUGGGUUGGCGCCCACACAGGCCCAUUGACUGUCUGAACCCUGAUCAAGUGCAAAGGCUUCCGCCAGGGACUAGAGAGUUCGCUGUACAGUAUCAGAAAGACUUAGAAAAGGUACGGGAGAACAUCAGGAAGGCACAUCAUCAGAUGAUAGAACAAGCAAAUAAACACCGCAGACCUUCGCAGUUCACUGUAGGGGAUGUGGUCUGGGUGAAGUCUAAAGAGUUUCUCCCAGAGGAGAACAUCUCGCAGAAGUUAUUGCCUGCGUAUAGGGGACCGUGGCAGAUACUCGGCGUGAUUGGUGAUGUGGAUGGUCCUUCCUACGUUGUUGAGAUUCCUCCACAUUUGCACACUUACCCGGUGUUUCAUGCCUUGCUCCCUUGUGUCAGUAAUGAGCUAUUUCCGUCUCGAAGAUCUGUGGUUCCUCCUGAUAUGGAUGGCAACUAUGACGUGGACCGCAUCGUCGCAGUGGAUGUUUAUAGAUCUGGACGCAGGGGUGGGCCCCAGCGACAAUAUAAAGUUAUAUUUGCUUAUCAAGAGCCUUUGGAAGAUUGCUGGCUUACCAGAAAUGAGCUGGUGGAGACAGCACUGCACAUAGCGCCCGACAAUGAUGGCAGCACCAGUGCAUCGCGGCCGUACAAGAUGCCGACGUUCCGGAUCGAGAAGUUUGAUGACUACACACAUCAGGACCCAGUCAUCUGGUGGCAAGGCUUUACAGCGGAGACUGGGAUUCAUGAGGUCCCCAAUCACUUGUACAUCUCGAUGUUGUUCCUCAACGCCAAGGGCGGAUGCCAGAUCUGGCUCAGCCACAUGGCAACCAUCCACGACGUCCAGGUCUCCGAUCUGCACAAGAAGAUCUCCUGGAACGAGAUGGCAAGGGAAUGGAAGAAGCGGUUCAUUGUCGAUGAUGCCCAAGCGCUCGCAAGUAGCCGCCUCUUCAGCAUGACUCAAGGCAACACACCAACACGCGACUGGCUCACGGAAUGGCAAAAGAUCGUGGCAACACCCGAUCUUGACUUGCCAUUUUCGCAUCUGCGUCGGGAGUUUUACAACCGGUCUUGUGCUGCCUUGAGCCACGCACUUGUACCAGCUCCGUUGAUGGACGUCAGAGUAGAGGUUGUUGACCUUCACGAUUACGUUGCGAAGAUCGACCGCGAGUUCAAGACACAACGUGGCUUGAUUUGGAUCAGCCUGGAGUUGCCAGCACUGCACAGCGAGAUUUUGCCACUGGACAAGUCGCUACAACCCUCUGGGAGACUAGGGCUGCUUUUGAGCGUGUACGAUCUCAUCUGAAGAAAAUGGGCAACCUGGCUGGCGUACCUAUAGAGCCUGAUGAGCAAACAGCUU